AUGCCUUCCACUACGCCGACCCCUCCCUCGUAUGCCUUCCACUACGCCGACCCCUCCCUCGUAUGCCUUCCACUACGCCGACCCCUCCCUCGUAUGCCUUCCACUACGCCGACCCCUCCCUCGUAUGCCUUCCACUACGCUGACCCCUCCCUCGUAUGCCUUCCACUACGCCGACCCCUCCCUCGUAUGCCUUCCACUACGCCGACCCCUCCCUCGUAUGCCUUCCACUACGCCGACCCCUCCCUCGUAUGCCUUCCACUACGCCGACCCCUCCCUCGUAUGCCUUCCACUACGCCGACCCCUCCCUCGUAUGCCUUCCACUACGCCGACCCCUCCCUCGUAUGCCUUCCACUACGCCGACCCCUCCCUCGUAUGCCUUCCACUACGCUGACCCCUCCCUCGUAUGCCUUCCACUACGCCAACCCCUCCCUCGUAUGCCUUCCACUACGCCGACCCCUCCCUCGUAUGCCUUCCACUACGCCGACCCCUCCCUCGUAUGCCUUCCACUACGCCGACCCCUCCCUCGUAUGCCUUCCACUACGCCGACCCCUCCCUCGUAUGCCUUCCACUACGCCGACCCCUCCCUCGUAUGCCUUCCACUACGCCGACCCCUCCCUCGUAUGCCUUCCACUACGCCGACCCCUCCCUCGUAUGCCUUCCACUACGCCGACCCCUCCCUCGUAUGCCUUGCACUACGCCAACCCCUCCCUCGUAUGCCUUCCACUACGCCGACCCCUCCCCCGUAUGCCUUCCACUACGCCGACCCCUCCCUCGUAUGCCUUCCACUACGCCGACCCCUCCCUCGUAUGCCUUCCACUACGCCGACCCCUCCCUCGUAUGCCUUCCACUACGCCGACCCCUCCCUCGUAUGCCUUCCACUACGCCGACCCCUCCCUCGUAUGCCUUCCACUACGCCGACCCCUCCCUCGUAUGCCUUCCACUACGCCGACCCCUCCCUCGUAUGCCUUCCACUACACCGACCCCUCCCUCGUAUGCCUUCCACUACGCCGACCCCUCCCUCGUAUGCCUUCCACUACGCCGACCCCUCCCUCGUCUGCCUUCCACUACGCCGACCCCUCCCUCGUAUGCCUUCCACUACGCCGACCCCUCCCUCGUAUGCCUUCCACUACGCCGACCCCUCCCUCGUAUGCCUUCCACUACGCCGACCCCUCCCUCGUAUGCCUUCCACUACGCCGACCCCUCCCUCGUAUGCCUUCCACUACGCCGACCCCUCCCUCGUAUGCCUUCCACUACGCCGACCCCUCCCUCGUAUGCCUUCCACUACGCCGACCCCUCCCUCGUAUGCCUUCCACUACGCCGACCCCUCCCUCGUAUGCCUUCCACUACGCCGACCCCUCCCUCGUAUGCCUUCCACUACGCCGACCCCUCCCUCGUAUGCCUUCCACUACGCCAACCCCUCCCUCGUAUGCCUUCCACUACGCCGACCCCUCCCUCGUAUGCCUUCCACUACGCCGACCCCUCCCUCGUAUGCCUUCCACUACGCCGACCCCUCCCUCGUAUGCCUUCCACUACGCCGACCCCUCCCUCGUAUGCCUUCCACUACGCCGACCCCUCCCUCGUAUGCCUUCCACUACGCCGACCCCUCCCUCGUAUGCCUUCCACUACGCCGACCCCUCCCUCGUAUGCCUUCCACUACGCCGACCCCUCCCUCGUAUGCCUUCCACUACGCCGACCCCUCCCUCGUAUGCCUUCCACUACGCCGACCCCUCCCUCGUAUGCCUUCCACUACGCCGACCCCUCCCUCGUAUGCCUUCCACUACGCCGACCCCUCCCUCGUAUGCCUUCCACUACGCCGAACCCUCCCUCGUAUGCCUUCCACUACGCCGACCCCUCCCUCGUAUGCCUUCCACUACGCCGACCCCUCCCUUGUAUGCGUAG